CAGCGUGCAGUAAGGAAAAUCCCUAGUCGAAGAGAAUGUACAUGCGUCUUUCCUCUUCCUCGUCAUCUCUACUGCGAAACUGUUGCAGUCUCAAGUGGCUCCCUGAAGGUCUCCCAGGUUGUUUAAAGAGUUUGAUUGUAGGUUCACAUUCUACCGAGAAUGUCGGAAAUUUGGGGAAGAGUGUUGAUUCCUUGAUCUCCAAGGAGAGUUUCUCAACUCCUUAUGCUUUGAGUUUCAAGAGUUUUGUCCAUUCUUCAGGUCAGAAGGACAAUGAGACAUGGAGGGGUUUCACCAAUUCCAGGCAAUUUGUGAAGGGAAUAAUAGAGGAAGACAAUAGGGGCUUGUUUGGGGGUUUUCAACAUACUCAACGGAAUGCUGAGCAGGAUGCUGAUUUUGUUCACAUAAAGCUUAUGCGCAAUAACACCUUUGUCACUGUGACAGAUUCCAAGGGAAACAAAAAGUUUGGAGCCUCUUCAGGGUGUUUACCUGAGCUAAAAGGAGGGCCAAAAAUGUCUAAAUAUGCUGCUGAAGCAACAGCAGAACAUGUGGGUCGGUUAGCAAGAAAUUUGGGGUUGAAAUCAGUUGUUGUGAGGGUGAAAGGAUUUACCUACUUUAAGAAGAAAAGGCAAGCAAUCCUCAGCUUCAGAGAGGGCUUUUCAGGUUCACGAACAGAUGAGAAUCCCAUUAUUUGCAUUGAAGAUGCCACUCGACGCCCUCAUAAUGGAUGCAGGCUCCCAAAGAGAAGACGUAUUUGAGUACUUAUGGAACCUUUAUGUCUAGUGCUUGUAAAAAACUAGAGCUGAAGGUGAUGGAGUUAUGAUUAGUUAUACAGUUUGGGAUAGCACAUGCUCGAAAGACUACAUUAGCUGCUUCUUGUUAAGUUCCUUAUCCUCUUGUUAUUUCUCACUUAGUCUCUUGAUUCGCUUCUGGUUGUGGAUUUUCCUCUUAAGUAAUUAAUUUCUUGUUUGUUUUUGGAUUUGAGAAUACGGAGAACAAGUAUGGUUCUUCUGAAUAAAGAAAAUUUUCAAAU